UUAAGCCCUUCUUCCAACAAAAGCAACACACCACCAAUCCAACAUUCCUCUGUCGGACAGAUCCAUCGAGGACCGCAACUACCCCACGAAAUAGAUGUCAUAUGUGUUCAUCGCCCCAGGAUUGUUUGCUUUAUGUGUGGCAGAGAGGCUCUCUUUCAUUUUUGGGGGGACUUGCUUCGCCUCAAAGGAUAGAAUGUCGCUCAAGGAGAAGUUUUCGGAGCGGUGGAAACCAUUUGAGCGCUCGCUCCAGUUUUGGGUUCAGGCUGCCGACAUCUAUGCCGGCUAUAAGGUCUGCCAGCUCCGAACGAGGUUAGUCAAGGAUGCCGGCGAGCAGGAGGCCAUGUGGGAGAGGCAGCAUGAGAUCGCCGCUGAGAAGAUGUACUUCCUCUGCUCCGACCUCGGUGGUCUUUUUCUCAAGGCUGCACAAAUCUUUGGUAAACCAGAUUUGGCCCCAGCAGCAUGGGUGAGAAGACUUGUCACUUUGUAUGACAGAGCUCCUGAAACGCCAGUUAAAGUAGUUCAGCAAAUGGUUGAGGAGGAAUUAGGAAAAAACUUUCAUGAAGUAUUUGAACGAUUUGAUAUUCAACCAGUUGGAUCUGCUUCAAUUGCACAGGUACAUCGCGCAAGAUUAAGACAUGCAAAGACUGAUGUUGCGGUUAAGGUUCAACAUCCUGGUGUUGAGAAUCUAAUGAUGGUAGAUAUCCAUAAUUUGCAAGCAUUAGCUAAAUUCCUGCAAAGGGAGAUCAAAUUUGAUCUAUUUUCUCUUACGAAGGAAGUGGAAAAGCAGAUUCAGUAUGAAUUUGAUUUUCGGCGGGAGGCUGAGGCCAUGGAAAGAAUUAGAAAUUUUUUUGGCACCAACAAUAGAAAAACUCCUGUUCUUGUGCCGCGCGUUAUCAAUGGCAUGGUAACCAGGAAGGUCUUAGUGAUGGAGUUUAUCCAUGGAAUUCCCAUUAUGAAUCUUGGACACGUGAUAGCUCAAAGGGGCAUAGAUCCUGGUGGUAAGCUUGCCACAGCAGCAAAACGAAAGAUUUUGGAAAACCUGACACUUGCCUAUGGUCAAAUGAUAUUGAAGAGUGGGUUUUUCCAUGCAGAUCCACAUCCAGGAAAUAUCCUUAUCUGCAAGGAUUCAAAGGUUGCCUUACUUGAUUAUGGACAAGUUAAAAAUCUUCCAGAUAACCUAAGAUUAGGUUUUGCCAACCUUGUUAUUGCAAUUGCAGACAAGAACCCUACAAAGGCAGCCCAGAGUUACAGGGAGCUUGGCAUAGAAACUUUAAAUUCAGAUGAUGUUGAGGAACUAUUUCAAUUGGCCAUAAAGAUGUUUGAUACUAAACUUCCUCGAGGAAUGACAGUGCUAUCGCCUUUUUCAGAGGAUUCGUCCUUAAAGAAGAUUUCUGUCCAGAGCUUCCCUGAGGAGCUAUUUAGCGUCUUAAGGACAAUGCAACUAUUAAGAGGAUUAAGCGUUGGGAUGGGCAUCAGCUAUUCCUGCGCUGAGCAGUGGAGACCCCUCGCUGAAGAAGCUUUGUACAGGGCCGGAAGGCUGAAUGAUAACAGUUUCAAAGCAAAGAGGAGUGGCAUCCUUCAAACCUUAUUUCGGAGAGGGAGAUAAUUGGAUCAAACAGACAAAGUUCAGUUAAUUUGGCAAUUUAAGUAUUUUGCUGGCAAUCAAUCCUUGAGCAUGCACAAGUUUAAUGAGUGGUCAGAUACCUUCACCAAGGCUUCAUUUGGUUUUGUUUUUUCAUAAUCUUAUAUUUUGAUAAGCUAUUUUAAUUUA